AUGGCUGCGCACGCAACCCCACAGCCCUGCCCGCGGCACGGCGCCCCGGCGCUCCUGCUCCUCCUGACGGCUCUCGCCACCGCCCUCGCCUGCCACCACCUGCGGCCACGCCACGCCACCCUCACCUGGGACAGCCUCAACCUCCUCCAGGCCAUGGCUCCCAGCCCGCCACAGCCCUGCCACCACCAGCAGCCGCCAUCCUUCCCCGACACCCUCCUCCACGACAACCACACGAACCAAGGCGCCGCCACCGCCCUCCACAUCCUCCAGCACCUCUUCGACACCCUCAGCAGCCACAGCACCCCCCGCCACUGGGACGCCCAGGCACGCCACCUACUCCUCAACAACCUCCACCACCACAUCCAGCAGCUCCAGCAAUGCCUGCCAGCCAACGGGACGCGCUUCAAAAGGCAAGGGCCCCGCAACCGGCUGCUCAGCAUCGACAAGUACUUCAGCCGCAUCCACGACCUCCUCCACGCCCACAACCACAGCGCCUGCGCCUGGGACCACGUCCGCCUUGAAGCUCGCGCCUGCUUACAACACCUCCACCGCCUCACCCGCGACACGCGCAGUUAG